CGACGCAAUCUUUCUUUUUACCUUUUUUCGACUCUUUUUGACGUCGCGCAACGACAUGUUGACCAUGUUCCAUGCUGCCACAUCCCUCCUUUUCGCCUCCACAUUCCUCUUCUCUCCUACAUCCUCGGCUCCUACAAGCAUGGUAAUAUCUCGACAAACCGGCGGAGCUCAAUGUGCUGAUGUGAUGGUUUUCUUCGCGCGAGGAACCACCGAACCCGCACCAAUCGGUACCGUCGUCGGUCCACCCUUGAAAGCGGCUCUCAAGUCCGCCUUGGGUCAAAAAUCUAUGUCCUUCAUGGGAGUCGACUACCCUGCUGAUAUUCCUGGAUUCUUACAAGGUGGUUCACCUGAAGGAUCUAGAACUAUGGCAAAAGAUUUAACCAACGCUGCCAAUGCGUGUCCAAAGGCCGCUCUCGUCACUGUCGGAUACAGCCAAGGCGCUCAACUCGUCCACAACUCUGCGCAACAACUUUCACCUGAUGUUCAAUCCCGCGUCGCUGCUGCCCUCGCUUUCGGCGACCCACUGAACGGACAACCAGUCACAGGAGUCUCAGCAGAUCAAACUAAAGUCAUCUGUCAUUUCGGGGAUAACAUAUGUGCUGGUGGGAAUCUGGUUCUAGCUCCUCAUCUGACGUACGGAAGAGACACGCGUGACGCCGCCAAGUUCGUCGCUUCAAAGGUCUAAAUGGUGUAAGAAAGGACAAAGACGGGUCGAUCCCACUGGUGGGAUAAUCAAAUUCGUUAUGUUGUACAAUAAGAGUCCAUUCAACUCAAAUUCUUCACCAUCCUCCUUCACUGGUGACAGCCUUAGUUAUUGUAUCUUCCUGGAGCUGUUCUCGGGGUAAAUCUAGA